UCCAUGGUUACGGGGUGUCCCAUUCCAGGCCGGCUGACUCGCUGCGACUUCUGUAGGUAACACUAAUUUGUUGAUUCGGUGUCCACGAUGAGAGAUCUUCUCACUACCCAGAAUCAAAAUUGCUAUAAGGAGCUGAUCGAAAAGGAAGCCUACACGAGACUCGCGUGGAAAACCAAGUAUGGGCCACAGUACUCCCACGAGCGCACUGGCCGGAGGAAAAAAUCGGCGAAGUCUCCAAAGUCCCAGCCGGACGCACGAUUCUGCCGCCUGUGAUGAAGCCACCCGAAAAAUCCCGAGUAGAGGCCACUCCACCACAGAUGACCCAGGCUGUCCUCGACAGUCCUAUCACGCUGAUGAGAUCAGUCACCCCGGUGACCAAAGAUCUAAUUUAUCAAGGGAUCUCCAGAGAAGGUAAAGGACGGCAGCUCUACCUGCAAAGGAGGACUGUGAAAAACCCGGAGGACAAAUACGAGCUGCCGCUGCUGUCCUCUUGGGACUACGGCUGGAGACUAGGUGACUUUGUACGAGAAGUCAAGACUCCAAUAAAUGGCAGGUCUGCAAUUGUGAAGAGUACAUUUUAUGCCAGGAAUGGAAUUUUCAACUUCCCUGCACCCACAGAUAAACUGGGCUAAAAGAUGCAAUAUCAGCGAUUGUGAGCAGAGAUGGCUGUUCAUCUUUCAGUCCGUUACAACUUGAAAACGGAAUGGAAGCAAUCUGGCAGUUUUGAAGUCUCUUAAAGUGUAAAGUGGGUUUGCUCCUUUUGAGUCCUUUCAAGAGACAAGGCAGCAGGGGAGUGGGGUCAACCAAGGGGACCAUGCCAGAGAUUGGCUAUUAGGCAGUGAACAUGGCAGCAUGUUUAUUCUGUACUGUUCCCCAAAUCAAUUAAAAAAAAACAUUUUGUUUCUUCUUA